UCGGUGCCGCUCGGGUGUGUCUCGCGUUUGAGCUAUUUUAUGAUCACCGCGUUAAAUAUCCGUUUUAUAAAUGUUAUUUUAAUUCUGUUACGUAUUACGUUUCCUGUGUUGUGUCUUUGGUUAUCAACUGAAUUAAGUUAAGAUUCAAAUUUAAAUUAUGUGUGUUUUUUCAGUUUUAAUGACUUAUACAAAUUAAUAGUGUGAAUAAAAUAGUGACGUUUAGCGUACAUUAUUUUGUAAAUUUUGUGUGUAAUGUGUGAUAACUGUUCAUUCGGAUAUUGCAGCUCAACGCUUUUCUUUAAAACAGAUGGUGAAAGUGCGACCAGACUCCAUAAUUUAGUAAGAAAAUCAGAGCAAAAAUGAUUACUUGACACAAAAUGUUAUACAACCGGCUAUACCACAAGGCACGGUCCAAAAUCAUCAGUCAUACUAUGUGUCAACAAUGUGCCAAAGAAAUAUCAGAGAAACAAAAAACGAUCAGAAUAGUCCCGCCUCGCCGACUCGGCAGUAGCUCAUUUUGCCUCAUUGUCAUAGCAUGUCUCUCUCUGCAAUCAGUUAAUUCGAAUACAACCAAUAUGAACAACAGGAAGGCUGACAAUAAUGAUAAUCCGCAAAAUGAUGACCCCAACGAAGACAGCUACGAUGAACACGGCAUACAUAAUGCAGAUUACGCCAAAGUCAAUUUAGACACAAACUUUUACAAUAGUAAUGAAGAUUUCCUACAUUUAAACAACUUUUAUAACUCCGAGAGCGCUUAUAGCAACUAUGUAGACUACAAAAAUUUCUACUUGAAUCCCUCACAUCCACUGCCAAAGUCUAAGGUUAAGUUUAAGAUAAGUAGUAGGAUAGUUCAAACUAAAUUUGGGAAGCUACAAGGCAUCGUGCUUGCGAUGGACGAGCACAGGUUCCUCAGUCCUCUGGAGGUGUUCCUGGGAGUGCCGUACGCCACGCCACCUGUUGGUUCCAACAGGUUCAGUCCGACCCGGACUCCCUCGCCGUGGGACGGGGUUCGAGUCUCGGACAGGCCCGGUCCGGUCUGUCCUCAGAAGCUACCCGACUUAGAGGAAGAGAGGACCAUUUUAGAAAAAAUGCCUAAAGGCAGAUUAGAAUACGUAAAAAGACUGAUGCCUUAUCUUAAGAAUCAAAGCGAGGAUUGCCUCUAUUUGAAUAUAUUUGCGCCGCUGCAAAUGGACGAGACAAAGCUAGCUCUACCAGUGGUGGUCUACAUCCAUGGGGAGGGCUACUCCUGGAGUUCGGGGAACCCUUACGACGGAGGAGUUCUUGCCAGCUACUCCAACCUCAUAGUAGUCACCCUCAACUUCAGACUCGGAGUAUUGGGUUUCCUCAACGCGAACCCGGCCCCUCACCAGAAGGCGCGCGUUGCGAACUACGGUCUCAUGGACCAGAUAGCGGCGCUGCACUGGGUGCAACAGAACAUCGCGCUGUUCGGCGGCGACCCGGGCAACAUCACCCUCAUGGGGCACGGGUCGGGGGCCGCCUGCAUCAACUUCCUCAUGAUAUCGCCUACGGUUAUGCCUGGUUUAUUUCACAGAGCAAUCCUUCUAUCAGGCUCAGCGCUGAGCUCGUGGGCCAUUGUUGACGAUCCCGUGUACUACUCACUCAAGCUGGCCAAACACAUGAACUGUACAAUACCGGAGGACAUGGCUAAAGACCACGAAGCUAUAGUAGACUGUCUCAGAGACGCAACGAUAGAAGAACUACUAUCCAUAGAACUGACAGCACCAAACUUUCUGACGGCGUUCGGACCAUCGGUCGACGGAGUGGUUAUAAAAACAGAUUUCGCUAAAGACUUCCUGACGUCGUACCCCACAGGGGACUUCCCUAGCUUCGGCCCGCUGAAUAACAUGAAUCAAAAUUUUAAUAUCCAUACAAAGAGAAGCGAUAGUGGAAGAAGGUUAUUUCAGAAUAAGUACGAUUUAUUGUUCGGAGUCGUCGCCAGUGAGGCGUUAUGGAAAUUUUCGGCUCACGAUAUUCAAAAUGGCAUCGAGCCUGAUAAAAGGGAUCGGAUGCUGAGGACGUACGUGCGCAACGCCUACACCUACCAUCUGAGCGAGAUAUUCUACACCAUCGUCAACGAGUACACGGAUUGGGAAAGAACGGUAGAGAACCCAAUAAACACGCGAGACGCAACAGUAGCGGCCCUAUCCGACGCCCAAUACGUAGCGCCGCUGGUCCAGAGUGGGGACCUGCUGAGUGGUGGACCAAAACCCACGCUGACUGAAGAGGAUGGACCAAGGAGGCCGACGAAAACCUUCUUUUACGUGUUCGACUAUCAGACGAAAGACGGAUACUAUCCUCAGCGAAUGGGCUCAGUCCACGGCGAGGAACUCCCGUACGUGUUCGGAGCCCCGGUCGUGGACGGCUUCGGGCACUUCCCUCGGAACUAUACCAAGUCCGAGAUAGCGCUGGCCGAGUCCAUGAUGCUGUUUGUUGCCAACUUCGCUAGGACUGGGAACCCGAACGACAAUUUUCGCCAAGAAGUGCUGCUGCCAGCGUCGCGCGAACGCAAUAAAUUCCGACCCGUCAAUUGGGAAGAAUACGACUCGACGCACCAGAAGUAUUUGGAAAUAGGCAUGAAGCCGCGGCUGAAGAACCACUACCGGGCUCACCAGCUGUCCGUCUGGUUGCGACUAGUUCCCGAACUGCACCGCGCGGGGAUGGAAGACGUCGCGGGACGACACAACCUGUUCCGAAACCACAACGAACAAGACUUGUACGAGGGGGUGGUCCGCCCUGACCCGCUCUCCCGCUCCGUCACCGACAGCGACCAAAUACACAGAACAAACGGCUCCGUUUAUGUUGACACAGCUUUGACUACAGUAGACACUAUCCUCGCCACUUGCGUCACAAUGCUGCCGAAUGGAAGAGAUCUGCAAACAGUUAAUACUACUGAUAGCUCUCUCGCUCAUUUGGAAGCCGCCGGCUAUGCGGCGUACUCGACGGCACUCAGUGUAACCAUAGCGAUAGGCUGCUCCCUUCUGAUCCUCAACGUAUUAAUCUUCGCCGGAGUGUACUACCAGCGGGACAAAUCGAGGUCGAGAGGCAAAUCUAAUCAGCGAUUCAAUGAGAAACAUUUUGAAACCAUAUCGGGGAAGCACUCGCAUUAUCAUAUAGACCCGACGCAUGCGCCGAGUCUAGUGGUCGAUGUCGAACGACACAAUCGGAAGAAAGGCCACCCGAUGAUGGGGAGCGAUUCUCAUUUAGUGAGCCUGAAUUUCAAAGGCCCAUUAGACGGGAAAGCGCCGCCGAGUCCGACCUUGAGCAUCGACAAUAUGAUGCUGCCGGGCAAAUUGGGCAGCCGUAAUAGUAGUUUUAGGCUGCCGCCGAACGUGAGCUACCCCCAAAUGACGGGGUAUGCGACGAUGCCAAAGAAUCUGAGCCAGUUUAAUAACUCGCCGCCUCUACAGGAGUUGAGGCAGCAGAAAUUCUUGCCUCCGAACGGGUCGGCGGGGCAGCAGCCGGCGGGGGCGGGGGCGGGCGCGGGGGGCGCGGGGGGCGAGGCGCACGCCACGCUGCGGCGCGGCAAGCCGCUCCACUCCAGCCUCCCCCAGGCCGCCAUCGACGAGAUGAGAGUGUGACACUUAAUCCACUCGGAUGACGAUGUCACAUUACGCGAUUAAAAACAUUGUUAUCUAUCAGAACAUUUUAAUGUGAGUGUUGUAAUGUAAGACUCUUCGUUUCUAGGGGUGUGUUAUCGAUUUUCUCGGUCGCCGGAUAAUAAAUAUCGAAUAAAAAAUCCAUUGUACA